AUGCGUGGUGCGUGGAAUGGACUCCAGACAUUAUUUCUCAGAGAUUGUCCUUAUGCAUACUAUGUUCACUGUUUUGCUCAUCGACUACAAUUAACAUUGGUUUAUGCCGCUAAGGAUGUCAGUGUUAUUUGGGAAUUCUUUUCUCAUUUGGACAAUAUUGUCAAUAUUGUUACUUCUUCUACUAAGCGCAUUGCUGAGUUACAUACUGCACAAAGAAAUGAAAUUGAACAUAUGUUGGCAAUUGGAGAACGUGAUUCUGGAAGUGGGGCCAAUCAGAUUGGUAAUUUGCAACGGGCAGGAGCUACUCGUUGGAGUUCUCACUAUGACUCAGUAAAAAGCUUGAUAGGUAUGUGCGCUGCAACUUGCAAAGUUUUUGAAGUUCUUAGUGACUAUUCUCCAAAUGGAAGAACUAAGGCUGAAGUUCGGGGAAUUUACAGAAACAUGGCAAGCUUUGAAUUUGUGUUCAUUUUGCACUUGAUGCAUAAAAUUAUGAGAACAAUAGAUACUCUUUGUCAAAUUCUUCAAAGAAAAUCUCAAGACAUUUUGACUGCUAUUACAUUUGUCUCUACUACCAAAACCAUUCUUCAAGAACUUAGAGAAUCAAUAGAUUUCAUUUUGAUGGAGUUAAAUACUCGGUUCAAUGAGUCAUCAGUGGAACUUCUUUCUCUUAGUACAGCUUUAGAUCCGAAAAAUUCAUUUGAUUCAAUUAACAGUGAUGAUAUUUGCAAACUUGCAAAGAAGUUUUAUCCUGAAGAUUUCACAAAUCAAGACAUCGUUGCUUUGGAAUAUGAAUUGAUACAUUAUAAACUUGAUGUGAUGCAAAAUUUGAAGGCUUCUACACUUGUUGAGUUAUGUCAGCAAUUGACUGAGAGUGGGCGGUCAAAGGUUUAG